AUGGCGACCUCGCGCAAAACCACAAAAGUCAUCGUCAUCGGCGGCGGCGGCACCAUCGGCUCCUCGACCGCACUGCACCUCAUCCGGUCGGGGUACACGCCAUCCAACAUCACCGUGCUCGACACAUACCCGAUCCCGUCCGCACAGUCCGCCGGCAAUGACCUGAACAAGAUCAUGGGAGUCCGACUGCGGAACAAAGUUGACCUGCAGCUCAGCUUGGAGGCGCGGGACAUGUGGAAGAACGACGAUUUGUUCAAGCCCUUCUUCCACAACAACGGGAGAGUGAGUGUGGUUCCGCCUCCUUUCGUUGUGCGCGAAGUGGAAGUCUUGGAAGUUGGCGCUAACGUGGACCAGCUCGACUGUGAGAGUUCGCCGGAAGGCAUUGCCGCACUGCGGAAACAGUACCAAUCGCUGGUCGAUGCUGGUGUUGGGCUGGAAAAGACGACUGAGUGGCUGGAUUCUGAAGACGAGAUUCUAGCGAGAGUGCCGCUGUUAGAACGGGAUCAGAUCAAGGGCUGGAAGGCUAUAUGGAGCAAAGAUGGAGGCUGGCUCGCGGCGGCAAAAGCGAUCAAUGCGAUUGGGGAGACGCUUCGAGAUCAAGGGGUCACAUUCGGCUUCGGCAGUGCUGGAUCAUUCAAGAAACCCCUUUUCGCGAAAGAUGGGACGACAUGCAUCGGUGUCGAGACGGUAGACGGCACCAAGUACUACGGCGAUAAGGUUGUCCUGGCCGCUGGCGCAUGGAGUCCUGCACUCGUCGAUUUGGAGGAUCAAUGCUGUUCAAAGGCUUGGGUGUAUGCCCACAUGCAGCUGACACCCAAGGAGGCGGCUGAAUAUAAGGACUGCCCUGUGGUGUACAAUGGCGAUCUGGGCUUUUUCUUCGAGCCAAACGAACACGGUAUCAUAAAAGUCUGCGACGAAUUUCCAGGGCUCUCCCGCUUCAAGCAACACCAGCCCUACGGCGCCGCCUCUCCCAAGCCGGUCUCAGUCCCCCGAUCCCACGCCAAACACCCUACAGACACGUACCCAAACGCGUCCGAGCAGACCAUCCGCAAGGCGAUCGCGGCUUUCCUCCCGCGGUUCAAGGAGAAGGAGCUGUUCAACCGCGCCAUGUGCUGGUGCACCGACACGGCGGACGCGGCGCUGCUGGUCUGCGAGCACCCCCGGUGGAAGAACUUCAUCCUGGCCACGGGGGACAGCGGACAUUCCUUUAAGGUUCUGCCGAAUAUCGGCAAGCAUGUCGUCGAAUUGAUCGAGGGCAACCUGGCUGACGACCUGGCCUAUGCAUGGAGAUGGCGGCCGGGCGGUGAUGCGCUCAAGUCUAGGCGCGCGGCGCCGGCGAAGGAUCUUGCGGAUAUGUCUGGGUGGAAGCACGACCGUGCUGAUAAUGCUCGACUAUGA